UCUUUCCACUCUAAAUAGUCGGCAAAUUAUUCCGGAAUAUCUUCGCCUAGCAGGCGGUAUAAAUCCAUAAAGUGAAGAGGUCAGCGCGAUAGUGCUUAUCGGUUAUCCCUUUGGGGGCGAAAAAUUACGUAUAAAGUGUCGUUAAACUUUAGAGAUAUGCAAACAAACUACUGAUACACUUUAUGGCAAUAGCAAAGCAGCCACAGCCACAUGAAUAACCGCUUAACGAGAGCGCUGGCCAAAUAUUUACUUGGCCAUAAAGCGUGUGACAAUCCAAGAAGCCAGCGAUGACGAUUGCAGCUCCGCCGAAGGUUUCCGCGUGGAAAACAUGUUUAUGCAUAUCAAAGCCACCGCCACCGGCAAAGUUUGAUAAAGCGUCGGCGGCGGCGAGAUUAUGCUGGAGAGAAUAUAUAAAUCCCAGCCAGACUAGAACACAGCACAGUUCAAGUCUAGACAUUCAGUCAAGAGGCAAUCGAAUCCAAACUAAACCAAUUCUAAGUGCAACAAUGAACCAAAAAGUAUUUCUAGUCCUAGCUUUGGCUUUAACCGUUUGCCAGGCUUUACCUUUUGUGUCCUACGAUGAUGAUGACACUGAGGUCAUCGAGCUUCCUGGAAAUGGUCUGGAGGAGGCGGCACCCAUUCUUGGCAAGGACAUCAUUGAUCUAACUCCUUUAGGAACAGCACUCUUUGGCAAACCAGAUGAGAAGGAGACCGCUGGCAGAGUGGGCAACUUUAGUGCCGAUGCGGAUGCCAUGAAUCCUGAGGAGCUGGGCACUUACCUGGAGGGAGAUAUGCUGGUGCCCCAAACGGAUCUAAUCAUGAAGAAUGGCCUGCCCACUCAAUCCUCCCGCUGGCCCAAUGGUGUGGUGCCCUAUGAGAUCCGUGGAAGCUUCAAUGCUAAGGACAUGGCCACCAUCGAGAAUGCCAUUGCCGAGUACCAUCGAAGGACCUGCAUUCGUUUUGUGAGACGCAGCUCUGAGAGGGAUUACAUCUCCAUUAAAUCCGAUAAUUCUGGUUGUUGGUCCUCUGUUGGUCGAGUGGGUGGCAAGCAGGAGGUAAAUCUCCAGUCUCCUGGGUGUCUGAGUCGUCCUGGAACCGCCAUGCAUGAGCUGAUGCAUGCUUUGGGUUUCUUCCAUGAACAAAAUCGAAUGGAGCGUGAUGGCUAUGUGGCCAUUCAGUACAACAAUGUCCAGUCCUCGGCAAUGAACAACUUCGAGAAGGCUGCCCGUACCGAGGCCUUUGGAGUUCCCUAUGAUUAUGGCAGUGUCAUGCACUACUCCAAGAAUGCCUUCUCCAUCAACGGACAGCCCACCAUUCUGGCCAUGCAAGCCAAUGGAGCUGAGAAGAUGGGCCAGAGGAAUGGCUUCUCUGACUUUGAUAUCCAGAAGCUCAACCGCAUGUAUGACUGUGGAACUGCCAAUGCUGUUCCAGUUUCCCCGGCUGUACCAGCUCCUGCUCCUGGCGCCGCUGCUGGCAGUGGCAAUCCCAUCGUAGACAGCUUCCUUGGUGGCCUGAUCAGCGGAUUGGGCUUGGGAGAUGACAAAAAAGAGACCAGUUCUUAAAGUGAACUAAGCCGCAGAAUCUACUAGCUCGUAUGAUCACCCACGCUCGAAAAUAUUUAAUGCAUUCCACAUACCAAACAUCUAGCACCAAUAUUUGAAUAUUUAGUUUAUAUUUUUAGUUGUUAAUUAAUAAAAACUAGCAUGAAUUGAAAU